UCGAAUAGUCCAGAGCGGGAAACGGGCCGGUCCGCUCCCGAAACGACCGAUAGGAAGGUGGGACUGAAACAAAAGCCGGUGAUUGCCAUCCCGCCGAACGAGGGCGCUGCCGGCGGCGUUUGUCAAAGCGAGCGUGCGCUCUUUCCACUCUCGACUCUCCUAAUCAGAUUAGAGGGCAGAGAGAUCGGGCAGAGCACAGCUUUGUAUAAAACUCCGGGGCGUCCUCGGGCCUGCGGCAAUCACCGCCUGGCUCGUGGUUCAGGUGCUCCUCCCGACUGGGACCGUCCGGGUCAGAGGUCAUGGAAGAGCUGACGGAAUUCGUAUCGAAAUCGUUCAAUCCCGAACGCGGAUUGACGUCUGUUAGCUCACCUUUGCCACACCUGUUAUCGGCUUCGUCCAGAGGUGCUGCGGGUUCCAGAUCACUUCAUAGUGUGGUGGACAGACUGGCUGCUCCUCAUCUUCUUUCCCCUAAUCCACUUCGAGUCACCGGUUCGCCCGUCUCUUCACCUCUGGUAUUGCCUCCUCGACCCCAAAGUGAGGAUACGUCUUCUUCCGAAGGGACGGCUCUGGACAGACAGGAAGAGCGGCUGAGAGUGUGUUCGAGUUCUCCCAGUCUAGUUCCAGCCGCCGCUUCUACUCCAGAUUCCGAUUCUCAAGCCGAAGUCAAAGCAGAAACUUCCACAUCAGAAGAGGCAGAAACGAGGAAGGAAGAAAGAAAAGAGCAAUGUGCUUUAGGUGACAAUGGGCAUCAGCCCAAAGUGAAACAGAGGAGAUCCAGGACUAAUUUCACACUGGAACAAUUAAACGAAUUGGAGAGAUUAUUCGACGAGACGCAUUACCCGGACGCUUUUAUGCGCGAAGAACUGUCGCAACGGUUGGGUUUAUCCGAAGCGCGUGUACAGGUAUGGUUUCAAAACAGAAGAGCAAAAUGUCGGAAGCACGAAAGCCAGAUGCAAAAAAACCUGAUGAUGGCGGCCAGCACCCCGAUCGAGUCUUCUCGCAUCGCACCUUACAUCAACGUCAGCAGUGCCGUGGCCCGACUUCCGCAGGAUCGCUAUCUGGUGCCCACCACCCAUUACUUGCCUUACGCCGAUCCGGCCUUUUUGGCAGCGGCCCAGCACUAUUCGGCCGCGGCCGCAGCGGCCGCCGCACACGCACCCCAUCCACACACCAGUUUCUUGUUUUAUCCUACUCCCACCCACCCCUUCAGCCUGUCUGCCCUGAUGGCAGCGGAACGACUCAACAAUAAAAACUCCAGCAUAGCAGAUCUUCGACUCAAGGCUCAGAAACAUACCGCCGCUCUGGGACUCUAGUCUAUCGUCUUCGAGGUUUCAAAGUGCACCCCGAGUUUUGGCUGAGAAACUAUUAACGAACGCCACCUCGCCAAAAAAUAAGAAAGAAAAUAAAUAAAUAAAUAAAAUAAUUUUCUCAAUAUCGGGAAUACCAGGCCGAAAAUUUCGUAGAUGCACUCUAUGAGACGCUGUUUUUCAUCCCUGUUUUCGUUAUUCAUCCUACGACUUUUGCAGCAGAUGACGUCUAUAAAGUUGUAUUCCAAAAGUUUGUGGAGAAGUUAUUUUUAUGGAUCAAACAACUAGACAUAAACUAGAGAGCUGGCACCAAUCUUUUUGGAUAUAAAAAAAAAUAUAUUUAAAAAAGCGUAGAUUAUCUUCUGUUCGGAACACACUCGAAUACGUAGACUUUUACAUUAUGCCAUAUAAAAAAUCCAAGCUGAUCGGUCAAAAAACAGAAAAAAAAGUGUAGCCGGAAAGUAGAUAUGGCUCGAAUCUGCACGACUUAACCUAUUUUUCGGUU